GAGGACUCGCCCGAUGUCAACAUGCCAACAUGUGAUCGCUAGACAAACCCCAAAUGGGCGUUGACUAUUGGCAGGGCCUUGUUGUAUCAGGCUGUGUGAGAAGCUCUGCAUUGCGGGUCGUCGGAUCAUCGGAGCUCCGGAGACAUUUUGUCUGAAUGAAAAUAAUGAUGAGAUAAAAAACCCAGCCCUGUACCAGCAAAACCCUGUGCAGCCAAGGCCGUAUAGUGAAGACGGGCGAGGAAGAAAAUAUUCAAUGGAAUAUUCGCCUUGGCUCUUGCCUUAGCACAGCACAAUUGCGAGGAAGAGAGAAGGAGUUGACCAAGUACAAUUAGGAGACUACCGCCCGUCUUCGUACUGAGUUUGCAGCAAUUUCUGCAGCUGGCAGGGACAUGAGGGUCAACUCUACAACUGAUCCUCGAGUUAGUUCAACAUGGAAACGAGAGAUAUCAGUCGUGGACACGUUCCCUUCGUGGCUGUGGCGCUGAUGAUGGCUGCAAUGGCAGCAACACUGCCGGGAGUAGCUGCGCAGAAUGAGUCAAUGAGUGGGGAUGCUGCCAGCGAAACGGCAGUCACAACACGAUUCGCAGACAGCAUGGAUGCUUCCAGCAGUCCUCUGAAAACAUCAGCGAUAGUUCCCAUUGCCGUGGGAGGCACGCUGCUCGUCCUUAUCACACUCCUGUUCGCCGUGCCGUAUUUCAUGAAAGCCGGCGCCAAGACUAACAUUCCUACAAGGGAAAGGAGCGGCAGCAAGCAGGAGUUGCUAGGUAACGAAGUCACGCCGCCAGCCAGUCCUGUCGCCAACGCCGAGCCAGAUGUAGAGGUGCAUCGUGCAACUGAGCAAAACAACAAACCAUCUCCGGAUGCUGCGAAGGAGGUGCAGAUGCCGGAAAAGCCAACCCGGCCGAAGGCAAUGGUACGAAUGCAGUCGGACUCGGCCUUGAUCAAUAUGAGACAAGUUAGCGGGCAAGAUAAACCUCAGCUAGGUGCUCGGAAGCAUUCGUUGAUAUCCCUUCAAGAAGUACCCGUUGUUCGACCGGAAGGCUUCGAUAUGCCCGCAAGGCGCAUCAGUGCAACGUACGAGUCCAUCGUCUCCAAGGAUCCCACAACAGGCGGCAUGACGUGGGAUUGGCCGGCGUUCGACCAGCUAGGCCAGUCCAGUCUACAGAAUCAGACAAGCGCACAAGUGUUCAGCUCAUCAUCCAUAACUGCAACGGUAUAGCCACGAAGUGAUGCCGGGCUGCCAGCCCCGUGCGCCAUGACCGUAUUGGCUAGGGAGAUGGAGGAGUAUCAGCAGAUGUACAGCAUGGGUAGUGAGCUGUGAUGCCGUUGACUUCUAAGUCCUCUACCGCGCACAAACUGCAAUGCUUUGCGGAAUAUUCACCUGAUUGGUUUGCUUGAACGCCACCUGUUUUAUAUUGUGUGAAGAACAAAAGUCCAACAUCUACAUGUAUCAGCGUACUGUAGAAGCAGAAAUUUUCGUCUGGAAUUUCAUUUCGUCUUUUUCGUCCAAGGAGCUUUUGGACUAAAUUAAAUGCCGGACUAAUGUCGAUUUGUCCAGCUUUUUAAUUAAUACACUAUUGUGAUCCAUGGACGAAAUUUUCAACCUGACGAACUCCCUUUCUUUGGAGUUGGACGAAAUUAUUGACUGACAAAAUGUUCUGCCUGUACAGUACUCGGUAACUCUGUUCACUGCACUUACCGCUCAGAGCUGAUCCAUGGGAUGCAUGCUCCAUUUAGAAUCGGAUACCCAUACAUGUCCACGGGUUGGUGUUCCCGGUGGCUAUAUUCUUGCCUGCACAGAAGAAUCCCCUUGCUGCCAUUCCGAGAGGAGCUUUCACGCACAAACUUAAGUUGAACUGCUUGUAAGUACGGUUGUCAGUUGGCAAGACUAGGUUAGGCAAGACACAGCGGAGGAAUGCUGUUGCUAUUGUGAUUCAGUUACAGUUCACAUGGUGGUAUUCUCCAUUGACAAUUUCCAAUAUGGUUGAGCUUGCUUACUUUGGCCUGCAGUCAGGUGUGCUUGAAUGAUGAAAAGAAAAUGAUCCUGCAAAACUUAAAAAGAGACGGCAAGGAGACAAGACUAGGCUGGGCAAGACACAGCCAUACAAAAUUAUCUUCUCAGGCUAUUCUGGUAGCAUAGAAUGUUGUAUAACAUUUUAACGCGGCCUUCACCUUUCUUCA